UCCUCCUAGCUUCGUCAUCGAAUUGAUCUUGCGUCGAUGAUUUUGCUAUACGCCGGACGUAGAUCAGAUAUCAUACGAUAUAUUCUCGUUCAAUGAUAAUACAGUGAUUCGAAUAUAAUCAUAAAUUGUGUGGUAUUAUAACAUCGGAACACAGUGGCGUGUCAUUUUUAUACGAAAGAAGAAAAAUGAUGUGGAUUCUCAGUGUACUUGUUCCACUGCAACUCUUACUGCUGAUUGUCAGUUCACAAGAUUUUAAUUCAGUAACCUGCAGAACGCCUUCUGGUGAAAUUGGUCAGUGCAUCAAUAUAAGACAAUGUUCGCCAUUGUUGCAAUUGCUGCAAACACAAAGAAACGCAGCCGGGGACUAUCUACGAAGUUUGGUAUGCGGUUACGAAGGAUUCGAACCAAGAGUAUGCUGUACUUCCGGUUCUGAAACUUCGCCAGUAGUCACGGAUGGACCGAGAAUCGAACCCACAAACAAUGCGUACGGUCCUUUAUAUGCGGAUCAGUGUGGUCAAUCAAGAUCUAAUAUAACGCAUUUUAAAGUGGUAGGCGGUAAUCCUGCUCAGCUUGGCGCUUGGCCUUGGAUAGCUGCUCUUGGCUACAGGUCGACCAAAAAUCCGAAUUCUCCGAGAUGGCUUUGUGGUGGCACUCUUGUGUCUUCUCGCCAUAUUGUUACUGCCGGCCACUGCGUGCACAAUCAAAGGGACCUGUAUAUAGUCCGGCUUGGCGAUUUGGAUUUAAAUAGUGAUUCUGACGGUGCAACGCCUAUUGAUGUACUUAUCGAGAGGAAAAUAAUUCAUCCAGAGUAUAAUGCUGCUAGUUAUACUAACGAUAUUGCUGUACUGAGACUACAACAAGAAGUUCCAUUCACUGAACUUAUUCAUCCAAUAUGUCUUCCAUUACCUGAUGAAGUACGUAAUAGAGAUUAUACACGUCUCUUUCCAUUUAUUGCUGGAUGGGGAUCAGUUUAUUUUCAUGGUCCAUCGAGCAGUCGACUUUUGGAACUUCAAAUUCCGGUUGUUGAGCAAUCUGAAUGUAAACGAGCCUUUGAGGCGUUCCCAACUGCUGUGAUAAACGAUCGCGUGUUAUGUGCUGGUUUUGCCCGAGGAGGUAAAGACGCUUGCCAGGGUGACAGCGGUGGUCCUUUGAUGCAUCCACGUGGAAGAACUUAUUACCUAAUUGGCGUCGUUUCGUAUGGUUUUCGAUGCGCCGAACCUGGCUUUCCUGGUGUUUACACCAAGGUCUCCGCCUUUCUAGACUUCAUUCAACAGAAUUUAGUGUAGAGAAGAAUAUGAAUUCCUGGAGAAUGUACUGAUUCGCAAUACAUAUUGUUGCUUUAUGUCGAGCAUAAUUCUAAGGCAAUAUUAUUUUCAUUAUUCUGAAUUAGUUAGGGAUUUAGUUCAAAAAUUGGCAUGAUGAAGAAAGGAAUGUUGCUGUUGCGAGUUAGAAACUGUAUUAUUUUUAUACACACUACGCUUUAAAAGUUUGUUAUAAAUUUUUAUACAAAGUUUAUUAAUCUCACGUGGUAUUGUAACUGUACAAUAAAAAUUUAUUUACAAUUUUUUUAUUUUA